AGCUAGAUUAGCUCCAUAGAGUGAGCUGUUCGCCGUCCUGCAGAGCUGCCAUGAAUCGAUUGGGCUCGCUGCUGGAUCCCAGCAGGCCGGAUGCGCACAUGUCGGCGGCUCCGGCGGAUGUGCCCAAGUUGCCCAAGUUGCCCAAGUUGGCGGACUCCAAGGAAUGCUUCUCGAAAUCUUCAAAGCAAGGGCUGCGAAGGUGCGCUCAGCAACGCCAGCUGAGCAGCUUCUUGCAGUUGCACGAGUUCCAGGAGGUGAACCGGCCGAGAUCCUGCGGGUGGACACUUUUUGGCGAGAGCAAGAUUUGUGCCAUCCAUGUGGCCGCGCAGAACGGAAACUACCAGCUGGUAAGGAUCCUACUGGCAUCAGGCGCUGACCCAGAAUCCAAGACCUCCAAGGGCCGCAAGGCGCUGGACUUCGCUCGUGCGGCAAACCGAGAUGGCUCGCACGAGCCGGUGCUUUGCUUGCUCACCGGCCAAGUCAAGAUCGGCACAGCUCGAGAGCUGCGCAGCGAGAGCGCUGAGAGCUUUUAAGCGCAACCCUAGGGUACGGGAAGCCCCCCAACUGGCC